UUUGUCAAGAUUUGGUAUUCUAAAAUGGAAUAUAUAUGUGUACACACACACACACACACACAUAUAUAUAUACAUAUACAAUUUUUUUUCCUGCCUGUGAGGAGGCGGCAUGUACCAAGAGCUCCGUUAGGGGAGGACAUACUGCUUUCUUGGAAUGAGAGGAAUCAUUACAUGGUCAGAAUUCUGUUUAUAUAAGUGAGGAGAAAGUACUGUUAUUUUUGUUUGGACUUUUAUAGUUUAUUGGGUUUAAGGGUGUGUGUGUGUGUGUGUGUGUGUGUAUAUAUAUAUAUACAUAUAUAUAUAUAUAUAUAAACAUAUAUGUAUCAGAUGUAAAGUUUUUAUUUCCUUAGAAAUUUGAAAGGACAUUCAUAACACUGACCAGAAGAACGCAGAGGAAAGUAAGGUACACGGGUGCCAUAUUGCACUAGCUAAUAUUUUAGUACUUUAAUCAAUAAUCUGGUUGGUGCAGUUGGCCAAAAUUUGCCAUUUUAAGGACGUAGAAGAUAUAUCCUCAUGCUGAUAUCAGGCUACAUCAUCACUAUCUUUCUACUCGAGAAGUCGUUUUCGAUCAGGACUCUCAAUUAGGAGCUUUCCUUUGUCGCAACUGUUUGACUAGCUCACGGUCGGCUCUUGCCCCUUGUCGUCAGGAUCCUACGACUUCCGCAGUCAGGGUCGUGACUGACAUAAAGGCAGCGGAAGCCUUUCCAAGUGUAAGGUUCUCGAACUGGCUACAACGGGAAACAGGAGUCCCACUUUUCCAACGGAUGCAGGGAAAUGGUGCAGGAGGCCAUUGGGAGACAAAGGAUACGCACCUGGUUAUUCCUGGCAGGGAUACAGUUAUGAAAAUUUAACCUUAUUUUCAUCUGUACUGAAUGGAAAUGUUUUUACUUGGCAUAUGUAGUGAAAACAGAAAAUCAGUAAUCGCAAGGAUCUGGGUUGUCUCAUUAUACAUGCUAAGUAGUGGAGAGAAUUCGAGUUCUUAAAAUUUUAACUCCAGAAUUCAUUUGCGAGAGGAGCCCUACCGCGUCGUCAUCGUCGUCCCCCUCCCCGCAAUCAGAUCAGACCUGAAGUACUUUGCGGAGGCCCGUUUGAGGCCACGAGAGCUGGGCUCGCCUUGCGCAGCCGCAGUAGCAGGCCGCGUCCAAAGGUCCCGGCCUUGCGCAGCCGCAGUAACGGGCUGAGCAAACGGCCAACGGUCACAGCUCUCUGCUUUUGAGCUUGUAAGGCUGCCUGCUGCUUUCUUCCUAUCUCUCUUCUUUCACCUCUCGAGUGAGUAGCCAUGAGCUGGGCUGUGCGAAUGCAGCGGGCCAGGCAGAGAGUGGGCGCUGUGAGACUGAAUUGCCUGUGCCCGGGAAUGGUGUUGAGUCCCUGCCAGCCGGCAGGCAUCGCCCACAGGGGCACCUGGCCCAUCGCCCCCGCGUCCAAGAUGGCUACGGUCAAGUGUGAGCUUAUGAAGAAUUUCCCCUCAGAGGAGCCCGUUCGUUGCAAUAAGAUCUCCAUUGUAGGAGCUGGAUCGGUUGGCAUGGCCUGUGCUAUCAGCAUCCUGUUAAAAGGCCUGAGUGAUGAACUUGCCUUGGUGGAUGUUGAUGGAGGCAGACUGAAGGGUGAGACAGCGGAUCUUCAGCAUGGCAGCCAUUUUGUGAGAAUGCCCAAUAUUAUUUCCAGCGAAGAUUACCUUGUCACUGCAAACUCCAACCUCGUGAUUAUCACAGCAGGUGCACGCCAGGAAAAAGGAGAAACACGCCUUAAUUUAGUCCAGCGAAAUUUCGCCAUCUUUAAGUUAAUAAUUUCCAGUAUUGUUCAGUACAGUCCUCACUGCAAACUGAUUGUUGUUUCCAAUCCAGUGGAUAUCUUAACUUACGUAGCCUGGAAGUUGAGUGGAUUUCCCCAAAACCGUAUUAUUGGAAGUGGUUGUAAUCUGGACACUGCCCGUUUCCGUUUCUUCAUCGGGCAGAGGCUUGGUAUCCAUCCUGAAAGCUGUCAUGGGUGGAUCCUUGGAGAGCAUGGAGACUCAAGUGUUCCUGUGUGGAGUGGAGUGAACAUCGCUGGUGUCCCUCUGAAGGAUCUGAACGUAGAUAUAGGAACUGAUAAAGAUCCUGAGCAGUGGAAAAAUGUGCACAAAGAUGUGGUUGCUAGCGCCUAUGAGAUUAUUAAAACGAAAGGUUAUACUUCUUGGGCCAUUGGCCUGUCUGUAGCUGACUUAACAGAAAGUAUUGUGAAGAAUCUUAGGAGAGUGCAUCCGGUUUCCACCAGAAUUAAGGGUCUCUAUGGAAUAAAUGAAGAAGUAUUCCUCAGUGUUCCUUGUAUCCUGGGAGGGAGUGGUAUUACCAACCUUAUAAAAGUAAAGUUGGCCCCUGAAGAAGAGACCCAUCUGCAGAAGAGUGCAAAAACACUUUGGGAAAUUCAAAAGGAGCUUAAGUUUUAAAGUUGUUUAAAACUACCAUUCUGAAGUUAUUGAAGAAAAGAGAGUAGUUAUGGAGUUGUGUAUGUCCAGUUUUUGAAUAAACUUGAAUUCCUAGAAGUUG